ACAACGACUUGAGUUGCGGGGGAUGCUGGCCCUGGAGAGGGAACGCGAAGGGAUUAUGCUACAGAGAACAGAUUCGAGCGUGACGGCUGAAUGAAUGAGUGAGCGAGUGAGUGAGUGAGUGACUGUGCGAGCGAGCGGCAGAGGGAACUCCGACCCGUCCCAGAGCUCGGAGCGGCGGAGGCACAGACCGAGGCUGCACCGGCAGAGGCUGCAGGGCGGACGCGCGGGCCGGCGCAGCCAUGGUGAAGAUUAGCUUCCAGCCCGCCGUGGCUGGCGUCAAGGGCGACAAGGCUGACAAGGCGUCGGCGUCGGCCCCGGCGCCGGCCUCGGCCACCGAGAUCCUGCUGACGCCGGCUAGGGAGGAGCAGCCCCCACAACAUCGAUCCAAGAGGGGGGGUUCGGUGGGCGGUGUGUGCUACCUGUCAAUGGGCAUGGUCGUGCUGCUCAUGGGCCUGGUGUUCGCCUCCGUCUACAUCUACAGAUACUUCUUCCUUGCGCAGCUGGCCCGAGAUAACUUCUUCCGCUGUGGUGUGCUGUAUGAGGACUCCCUGUCCUCCCAGGUCCGAACUCAGAUGGAGCUGGAAGAGGACGUGAAAAUCUACCUCGACGAGAACUACGAGCGCAUCAAUGUGCCUGUGCCCCAGUUUGGUGGCGGCGAUCCUGCAGACAUCAUCCAUGACUUCCAGCGGGGUCUGACCGCAUACCAUGACAUCUCCCUGGACAAGUGCUACGUCAUCGAGCUCAACACCACCAUCGUGCUGCCCCCUCGCAACUUCUGGGAGCUCCUCAUGAACGUGAAGAGAGGGACCUACCUCCCACAGACGUACAUCAUCCAGGAGGAGAUGGUGGUCACAGAGCACGUCAGUGACAAGGAGGCCCUGGGGUCCUUCAUCUACCACCUGUGCAACGGGAAAGACACCUACCGGCUCCGGCGCCGGGCAACGCGGAGGCGGAUCAACAAGCGAGGGGCCAAGAACUGCAACGCCAUCCGCCACUUCGAGAACACCUUCGUGGUGGAGACGCUCAUCUGUGGGGUGGUGUGAGGCCCCCCUCACCCAGAACCCCCUGCCGUCUUCCUCUUUUCUUAUUUCCGGCCACUCUCUGGGCCUCCUCCUUCCCCCUGCUUAGCUUGUACUUUGGACGCGUUUCUAUAGAGGUGACAUGUCUCUCCAUUCCUCUGCAACCCUGCCUGCCUCCCUGUACCAGAGCCGUGAUCUCUCUGGGGGGCCCCCAUCUCUGCUGACCUCCUGGGUGUGGCGGAGGGAGAGGGGAUGCCACGAAAUGUUUCUGUGGCCCACUGUCUUGAAGCUGGGCCUGCCAAAGCCUGGGCCCACAGCUGCACUGGCAGCUCAAGGGGAAGGACCAGUUGGGGGAGCUGCGCAUGUGAGGCCCUGGGCAAGGGGAUAGGGCUAGGGGGUGCGGCAUGGGCUUCAGAAAUAGCUGCACAAUUAGAAAGGUCCCCAAAAGCUUUUUCCUUGGAGGGUACACUUUCUUCACUGUCCCUAUUCCUAGACCUGGGGCUUGAGCUGAGGGUGGGACCACGUGCCCAGGGAUGGACCCACCAGAGCACAAGGGAAGGUGACUGCCUGGGGGUGUCCCGGGGACUCCUGUCAGUGCCUUCAGCCCACCAGCAGGAGCCUGGAGUUUGGGGAGUGGGGAUGAGUCUGUCAAGCACAAUUGUUCUCUGAGUGGAACCAAAGAAGCAAGGAGCUAGGACCCCCAGCCCUGCCCCCCAGGAGCACAAGCAGGGUCCCUGCAGCCAAGGCAGUGGGAUGGGCUGCUGAGGAACGGGGCAGGCAAGGUCACUGCUCAGUCAUGUCCACGGGCAACGAGCCGUGGGUUCUGCUGAGUAGGUGGAGCUCGUUGCUUUCUCCAAGCUUGGAACUGUUUUGAAAGAUAACACGAGGGAAAGGGAGAGCCACCUGGUACUUGUCCACCCUGCCUCCUCUGUUCGAAAUUCCAUCCCCCUCAGCUUAGGGGAAUGCACCUUUUUCCCUUUCCUUCUCACUUUUGCAUGUUUUUACUGAUCAUUCGAUAUGCUAACCGUUCUCAGCCCUGAGCCUUGGAGAGGAGGGCUGUAAUACCUCCAGUCAGUCUCUGGGGGUGAAACUCUUACAUGCUUUGUAUAUUUUCUCAAUUAGAUCUCUUUUCAGAAGUGUCUGUAGAACAAUAAAAAUCUUUUACUUCUGA